CAUCAUCAUCAUCAUCAUUUUCAGAAACCAUGUCGUCAUGGAACGAGGCUUGGGAUCGUGGCAAACAAAUGGUUGGAGAGCCACUCGCCAAAAUGACUGCAGCAGCUGCAUCUGCAACUGGUGCAGCACCCCCACAGCAAAUGCAAGAAGAAGGAAACGAAAACCCGAUGCAAAUGCAUUCAAACAAAGUGCUUCAAGUUAUGGAGCAAACUUGGAUCGGAAAAUGCCGAAAACGUUGGCUUCUAGCUAUUCUUGCAAAUAUGGGAUUCAUGAUUUCAUUUGGAAUUCGAUGCAAUUUCGGUGCAGCCAAAACUCAUAUGUAUAAAAAUUAUACAGAUCCAUACGGAAAAGUUCAUAUGCAUGAAUUCAAUUGGACAAUAGAUGAGCUUAGUGUCAUGGAGAGUUCGUACUUUUACGGGUACUUAGUCACUCAGAUUCCGGCUGGUUUUCUUGCUGCAAAGUUUCCACCAAACAAACUAUUCGGAUUUGGAAUCGGAGUCGGAGCAUUUUUGAAUAUUCUCCUACCAUAUGGAUUUAAAGUGAAAAGUGACUACCUUGUGGCUUUCAUUCAAAUUACUCAAGGGCUUGUUCAGGGAGUUUGUUACCCUGCUAUGCAUGGUGUCUGGAGAUAUUGGGCCCCACCAAUGGAAAGAUCUAAACUAGCAACCACAGCAUUCACAGGAUCAUAUGCUGGAGCUGUUCUCGGUCUACCUUUAUCUGCUUUCUUGGUUUCAUACGUCUCAUGGGCUGCUCCAUUUUAUCUUUAUGGAGUAUGUGGUGUCAUUUGGGCGAUUCUUUGGUUCUGUGUCACUUUUGAGAAACCCGCGUUUCAUCCGACCAUAUCGCAAGAAGAGAAAAUAUUUAUCGAAGAUGCAAUUGGUCACGUCUCAAACACCCACCCAACGAUCCGAUCGAUUCCAUGGAAAGCAAUUGUCACUUCAAAGCCUGUGUGGGCAAUUAUUGUUGCGAACUUUGCUCGAAGCUGGACUUUCUAUCUCCUUUUGCAAAAUCAAUUGACUUAUAUGAAGGAAGCAUUGGGAAUGAAGAUCGCAGACUCCGGACUUCUUGCUGCAAUCCCCCAUUUGGUAAUGGGAUGCGUGGUCCUUAUGGGUGGACAACUCGCUGAUUAUCUCCGAUCCAACAAGAUCCUUUCCACCACUGCCGUUCGGAAGAUUUUCAAUUGUGGUGGUUUUGGAGGAGAAGCUGCAUUCAUGCUAAUUGUUGCAUAUACAACAAGUGAUACAACUGCUAUAAUGGCAUUGAUUGCUGCUGUUGGAAUGUCUGGAUUUGCUAUUUCUGGUUUCAACGUAAAUCAUUUGGACAUUGCUCCCCGUUAUGCAGCCAUCCUAAUGGGAUUCUCGAAUGGAAUCGGAACACUUGCCGGAUUAACUUGCCCAUUUGUGACUGAAGCAUUCACUGCUCACUCGAAACACGGAUGGACGAGUGUUUUCUUAUUAGCCAGUCUUAUUCACUUUACUGGAGUCACUUUUUAUGCUGUCUAUGCUUCCGGAGAACUUCAAGAAUGGGCAGAACCAAAAGAGGAGGAAGAAUGGUCGAAUAAGGAAUUGGUGAAUAAAACUGGAAUCAAUGGAACUGGAUACGGAGCUGCUGAGACUACAUUCACACAGUUACCAGCCGGUGUUGAUUCUUCUUAUCAAGCUCAGGCGGCUCCAGCUCCUGGAACCAACCCGUUCGCUUCAGCUUGGGAUGAACAUGGAUCCUCUGGAGUUGUGGAAAAUCCGCAUUAUCAGCAGUGGUAGUGAUAAAUAACGUCUAGUUAGGAUACCUUCUAAAAAUUUUAAUUUAUUUAUUUAAUUCUCUCAGUUAUUCCUAAUAUCUUAUGUUAACUUAAGUUCUAUUGCCUAGUUGCGAAAAACCAGAACUACAAUACCAGGUCUCAAAGCGAUCGAUUUUCUCAAACUUACAACAUCUUCAAGGAUUCCUGUAGUUGCUAACGUCUUUUCACCCGUUUUUUCAAAUUUAUUGAAACAAAUUUUUUUGAAGCAACGGGAGAAAAACUUUAGCAACUACAGUACUUAAAGGCGCACGCUAUUUUGAGAUUCAAAAAAUCGAUCGCUUCGAGACCCUGGAGCAAAAUUCGCUAAAUUAGCAUCUGGAUAAUACAAAAGCAAGAAUCAGUUGCGAUUGAAACUUUUUUAUUUAAUUCUUCUUGCGAUCUCAUAUCGUUCUGCAAUAAAUUGAUUUUUCAUUUUAAAAC